AUGGCGACCCCAAUUCGCAAGAAAAGAAACUUCAAGGCUCUGCAGCUCAAUGUCGGCGAUCCACAGCCAGCAUCUCCCUCUUCGACCGAGCCUGAUCCAAUUUCCAUAAGGACUGCCCCGACCGCAGUGGGCCCAAGGUUGAAGAAGAAACCGCCUCCAAUGACGCUGGCAGCGCCGAAAAUCAACUCGGUCGGCAACGUCGUCGCCUCAGUCGACCCACCGGAAGACUCAGGCUCGGGCAACUUCCUCGUCGUCAGCAACGGUCCCAAUUCUGCACCGCUCACAGGGACCAACAUCAAUGUGCGGAGAAACACCCUCCACGCCACCCUCUCGACAACGUUGGCGAAUCUCGACAUGAACAAGGAGACCAAGUUGGAAUUGCGAAACGAAGAUCUUGUAGAUAUCCACGAUCUGGGGCAGGGCAAUGGAGGUAGCGUGAAGAAGGUUGAGCAUACCCCGACAAAGAUGAUUAUGGCGAAGAAGACUGUCCUUAUCGACGCAAAGCCUUCUGUGAGAAAGCAAAUUCUCCGAGAACUUCACAUCAUGCACGACUGUCGAUCAGACUACAUCAUCUCGUUCUACGGAGCCUUCCUGGCAGAUAACAACAUCUGCAUCUGUAUGGAGUUCAUGGACAAAGGCUCGCUAGACGGCAUCUACAAAAAGAUUGGAGCCAUCGACAUCGACAUUGUUGGCAAGAUCGCGCUUGCCGUGCUAGAAGGUCUCACAUACCUCUACGACGUUCACCGAAUUAUCCACCGCGAUAUCAAACCAUCGAACAUCCUAUGCAAUUCCAGAGGACAAAUUAAGAUAUGCGAUUUUGGCGUAUCUGGUGAACUGAUCAACUCCAUUGCCGAUACCUUUGUCGGUACAUCAACAUACAUGAGCCCGGAGCGAAUACAGGGAGCGCAGUACACCGUCAAAUCCGACGUCUGGUCACUCGGUAUCUCCCUGAUCGAACUCGCCCUCGGACGCUUCCCCUUCUCCCAAUCCGACUCUGACGAAUCCGACGACGAAUUCAGUGACGCGUCCGACUAUGAAGGAACACUCUCACCACAACCCGCUGGGUCCGUCUCGCUCGCCGACCUGCCACCUCCUAAACCCCGGCGGCAGAAAAACGCGAACGGGAAUGGGAGCACGACGAAGAAGGAUAAGAGGAAGAGUAAAGGUCAUAUUGUGAAUGAGCCUGCGCCGAGGCUUACGCCCGAGGGGAGGUAUCCAAAGGCUGCAGAGUCAUUUAUUGAUGCGUGCUUGUUGAAGGAUCCGGAUGCUAGGCAGACACCGAAGGAUCUUUUGAAACACGAAUGGAUAGAGAACGCGAGGAUGUCGAGUGUGGAUGUCGAAGCUUGGGCAAACACAUUUUGA